AUGGCAACAAGAACUCAAUACGAAAACAGUUGUGAUAUUGGUGUAUUUUCAAAAUUAACGAAUGCAUACUGUCUGGUAGGACAAUGUGGAUCGAAACAAUUCUUUAGAACAUUCGAGAAGCAAUUGGCAGAUCAUAUUCCAGUUUUCGAGGCAUCGAUUGCUGGUACUAGAAUCAUUGGUCGUCUCUCUGUAGGUAAUAGCAAGGGUCUUUUGCUGCCCAACACAGCAACCGACCAAGAAUUGAUGCACAUUCGUAAUUCCCUCCCAGAUUCCGUCACCGUACAGCGUGUAGAGGAGCGUUUCUCUGCACUCGGUAACUGUAUUGCCGCCAACGAUCACGUUGCCGUCAUCCAUCCAGACUUGGAUCGUGAGACAGAGGAAAUCAUCGCUGACGUGCUCGGCGUCGAAGUAUUCCGUAGCACCAUAAGUGGCAACGUGUUGGUCGGAACUUACUGCGCAGUCACAAACAAUGGUGCUUUGGUACAUCCAAACACCUCUGCAGAAGAUCAAGACGAACUUUCAGCUCUUUUCCAAGUGCCACUGGUGUCUGGUACUGUAAAUAGAGGUAACGAGUGUAUUUCAGCUGGUUUGGUCGUAAACGAUUGGACUGCUUUCGUCGGUAACGACACAACCGCAACAGAAAUUUCAAGAAUCGAAAAUAUUUUUAGUUUACAGCGUGGAGUACCAUCAAAUAUGUUGGGUCAAGUUAGAGAUUCAAUUAUUGAUAAUCUAUAA